AUGAAUGACACAGUAGACAAGCUGGUCAUCUUUCUAGCAAAGAGAGAUGGCAUUGACAAGCUUGUCAAGACCUUCCAAUAUGUUUCCAAGCUUGUUCACUGGCAAGUGGAAACCACUCACCCGGAUAUUGCAAAUAGGUUCAAGCAAUGGGAGGUUGCCUCGGGUCUUAGCAGAAAAGCCUUUAGAAGUGGCAGGUUCCUCACUGGUUUCAAUGCCCUAAGAAGAAACCCUGGCUCCAGUCCAACUUUCAAGUUCCUAGCUGUUCUUGCUAAUGCAGGAGAGAUGGUCUAUUUCUUUUUUGACCACUUUCUUUGGCUAUCAAGAAUUGGAACUUUGGAUGCCAAGUUGGCAAGGAGGAUGAGCUUCAUAUCUGCCUUCGGUGAGUCUUUUGGUUAUAUUUUCUUCAUUGUUUCAGAUUUCAUCAUCAUGAAAGAAGGGCUAGAAGCAGAGAGGAAGCUUAUUGCUUCAGCGGAAGAAGAUUCAAAAGAUGCAAAAGUGAAGAUAAGAAGCAUCAGAGCUGACAGGGUGAUGAGGUUGAUGGCAGUGGCAGCGAACAUUGCUGAUUUGAUUAUCGCACUAGCAGAUAUCCAGCCGAACCCAUUCUGCAACCAUCCUGUUACUCUCGGUAUCAGUGGACUGGUCUCAGCAUGGGCUGGUUGGUACCGAAAUUGGCCCUCCUAG